UGACAAAGUGAUUUGGGUCUCGGACGCCGCCGUAGCGGAGAGGAAGCGUGAUCGCGAUGGCGCUGGGUUCGGAGGCGCUGUCGGAGCGGUCGGUGCAGUUCGCCGUGCUGCUGGCCUUCGCUUCUGGGGUGCUGGUGGGCUGGCAGGCAAACCGAGUGCGCAGGCGCUAUCUGGACUGGAGGAAGCGGCGGUUGCAGGACCAACUGUCGGCCACGCAGAAGAAGUUGGACCUGGCUUGAGCAGACAAAAAUGGAAACUGAGAAGCACUAGGAUGAAGUCCUGUUGUGUUUUAAACUCUAUGAAUUGACUUACAGUGCUCUUAUACACACACACAAGCUUGUUCUGAAAAGAAACAGUGAUGGAAUUACCUUUAAUCUGUCAUUCAGAUAGACUGGUACCUCUGCGAAAAAGUUCAACACAUGUGGAAAGGAAGUGCUUCGAUUGUGUAAAUUUGUCUAGUGCCAAGCUUAGAUAAAUUAUUUCCUGGUGUGACACUUGGUGACCUGUAAUGACAGAAUCAGGAUUCUGUGUAUGACUGAAUAAAAUGCCAUUUUCAGAAGUUA